AUGUCGGUUGCAGAGGCGGAACCGAUCGCCGCGCGGAGCAGCCCGAAGGAGGAGAGCGAAGUAGAACCAGAGGAAAGACGGGGAGUUCUGGGAGGAGACGUGGCGCGGCUGGAAGCGGCUUUUGCUGUGGACUCAACUGUCACUUGCGACAACGAGGAGCUUAUUCGGCUUCGCGAGGCACUGCGCGGAUUCUGGAUGCCCGCCGAAUGGGAGCCGCACGAUGGGUGUUGGAUGAUCUGGCCCGUCAGUUCUCCCCGCAUGACCCCGCGCUCCUCGCGCUCUCUCCCCGUCGCGCCUUCCCUUCCCCUUUUCCGCUUCGUCCACCGCUUCCCAGAACGUCCCGACAACUGGCGCGACGCAGCGGCGCCAGCGCAGCAGGCGUUCGCGGCGGUGGCGGCGUGCAUCAGCCGAUUCGAGCCCGUGCGCAUGCUGGUGUCGGGCGCACAGUGGCAGAACGCGCGGCAGCAGCUGCCGCCAUCAGUGCGUGUGAUAGAGAUGAGCAGCAACGACGCGUGGGCCCGAGACAUAUGCCCCACUUUCGUGGUGAAGGACGUGCCAGGUGGUAACGAGCGACACGUGGCAGCUAUUGAUUGGACCUUCAACGCAUGGGGUGGUGCUGAGAGCGGGUGCUAUGCUGAUUGGUCUCUUGAUAACUUGAUUCCUGCCAAGCUGGCGGAGCUCAUUCCAGGCUGCACGCGCCACCGCACCUCGCUCGUCAUGGAGGGGGGUUCUCUGCAUGUGGACGGGGAAGGCACGCUCAUGACCACGGCCCAGUGCCUGCUGCACCACAGCCGCAACCCCGCUCUCUCGCGAGCAGCCAUUGAGGACCACCUCUGCGCUCUCCUUGGAGUCUCCACCGUCAUCUGGCUCCCCCGGGGCCUGCAAGGAGACGAGGACACGGACGGGCAUGUGGAUAACCUGGCAUGCUUCGUGGCUCCUGCUCACGUGCUGCUCGCGUGGACUGACGACCCCUCCCACCCGCAGUACCCAGUGUGUCAAGCAGCGCAUGAGGUGCUGUGCUCGGCCCGGGACGCCAAGAAUCGGCCUCUGCGCAUCACACACCUGCCGCUGCCACCUGCGCUCUACUACUCACACCAAGACGUGCAAGGGCUUGCACAGGAGGGGGCCCAUGCACAGCGCCAGGCAGGAGACCUGAUGGCAGCCUCCUACAUCAACUUCUACCUCCCAAAUGGUGUGGUUGUGGCGCCUGCAUUUGGCAUCCCAUCCAGUGACCAGCGUGCAUUUGAAGUGCUGCAAAAGGUUUUUCCACACCGUGAGAGCAGGAGUGCAAUGGCGACGCAAAACCCCUUCGCGCUGCUCGAUGGUGACGACAACGACGACCCCCAGGCCCUGCUGUCCCGCGUCGCGGCCGAACCUGUGAAGGUCGACGCGAGCAAGAAGGCUGCCGCUAAAAGCGCCAAGCCCGCCCCUGCUGCUGCCAAGCCUGCUGCUGCUACCACUGCACCUGCUCGCUCCAGCUACAACCGCGGAGGUCGCGGCGGCGGUCGCGGCGGAUACGGCGGACGCGGUGGCGACUACCAGACGUUCAACGAGUCGCGCGACGAUGGCCGCGCGUUCAUCGCGGAGCGCCAGGUGCGCGGGGAGGACGGCGAGAUCCGCUCGUCGUUCGACCAGCACCACCACGGCGACUUGCGGAGAGGCGGCGGAAGGGGGGGAGGGCGCGGCCGCGGCUAUGGGCGCGACGGGGGCCAGCGCCGCCCGCACCGCGAGUUCGACCGCAUGAGCGGCACCGGCCGUGGCGGGGAGAUCAAGCGCGAGGGGGCUGGCCGUGGCAACUGGGGCAGGGAGGGCGAAUACCUUGACGAGACUGUCGCGCCCGCAUCGGGGGAGGCGGAGGCGAAGGUUGAGGGCGCAGAGUCGGCGGAGCCGGCGGCGGAGGUCGCAGCUCCGGAGCCCCCUGUGCUGAGCGAGGAGGAGCUCGCAGCCCAGGAAGCUGCGCGCAAGGAGAAGGAAGAGGAGGAGAAGCAAAUGACGCUGGAGGAGUACGAGAAGGUGCUGGAGGAGAAGCGCAAGGCGCUGGCCGCCAGCAAGGCGGCGGCGCGCGUGGUGGAGGUGGACGAGGAGAUGGCCAAGAUGACGCUCAAGAAGAAGCCCGAGGGCGACGACGUCUUCGUCAAGCUGGGAGAGGAUAAGGAGAAGGCGGCGAGGAAAAAGGACGAGGACCGUCCCAAGACGGUCAACAUUAACGAGUUCCUCAAGCCGGCAGAGGGUCAGACCUUCCAUUACCGCAACACUCGCGGCGGUCGCGGUGGCGGCCGCGGCGGCGGCGGCGGCCGCGGCGGCGGCGGCGGCCGCUACGGUGGCGGCGGUCGUGGCUAUGGGGGGCGGGCGGCGGAUGCCCCUCCCCUGGACCAGUCCCACCACUCCUCACACCCCACCUCCCCAUCCGCUCCCACUCCCGCUCCAAAUCCUCAUAACCCGCUCUCCCCCUCCCCUUUCCUUCACCCCCCCCCUCCUCCCCCCACUCCCGUCUCCCCGUUCCUCCCCCCAUGUCCGCUCCCCCCCGAUGCUGCGCGCGCGCGCCCGCGCGUGCGCGCAGACAAGAAGGUGUUCCCCAAGUACGACGUGCUGGGGUGGUACUCCACGGGCACGGACGUGCGCCCUGCUGACAUGCACGUGCACAAGGCGCUGAUGGACAUCAACGAGAGCCCCAUCUAUCUGCUGCUCAACCCCGCCAUCAACCCUGCCGGGAAGGACCUCCCCAUCUCCAUCUUCGAAAGCGAGCUGCAUGUGAUAGACGGUGUGCCAUCACUCAUCUUCGUCUCUUCCACAUACACCAUCGAGACGGUGGAGGCAGAGCGCAUAUCAGUGGACCACGUGGCACACAUCAAGCCGUCCGAUGGCAGCUCAGCAGCCACUCACUUGGCAGCGCAUCUAACAGGGAUGCACAGCGCCAUCAAGAUGCUGACCACGCGGGUCAGACUACUGCACAGCCAUCUAGCCGCCAUGGAAUCAGGCGCAGUACCGUACGACCACUCGGUGACGCGCCAGGUGUCCAGCCUCAUCCGCAGGCUGCCAGCUGUCGACUCCGACCGCUUCCACCGCCACUUCCUCACCGAGUUCAAUGACACGCUCCUCAUGACAUACCUCGCCAGCAUCACCAAAUCAACUAACACGAUAAACGAGCUAGUGGAUCUAUUCGAUGUGGUGUACGACAAGCAAUCGCGCAGAGCAGCUCGCACGGCGUUCGUCUAG